UUGAAUCAAUAUAAGUGGCAGUGCUGCGUUUACAUCAUAGACGUUCCAGACUGAGCAUGUGUAUAUGAGCAGACCGACCCCCUAUCGCGAGUUACGCAAAUGCCAUAUAACCAGUCUAAUCUUAACCCCAAUAAUCGUCUGUCAACUACAAAAGGGCUUCCCCGGCUCGAAUUCCGAAUUAGCCUAGGUUAGCAAUGACUACAAUCACAGCCCAAAUCCAGGAGGCAGCGCCCCGCAAUCGCGAGUUGCUCGCCAUCCUGUCAGAAACCGACCAUGCAGUUCCAGACCUAGAGCAACAAAAGAUCUACAUCGCAGACCUUGAUCGUCAAUUAGCUAGUAUUGCCAAACGGAUCAAGGAGCUCAAUCGGAAGCGUGAGAAAGAAUUCAAAGAACACGAGAAGUACCGUGACUCGGUUAUGCGUCGUUUCGCAUACAAGGUUGGCGGCAAAAAGGAGAAAUUUGAGUCCAGAGCUGCCAAAGAGGAGCGCGAGUAUUUCGAUGCUUUGCAAGACGAACACAAGGCCAAUGACCAGCAGAAGAGCCUCCAAAACCUGCGUGGGGAAGCGCUGCGUGCCAAGACGGACCUUGAGCAGCAGGUCUCGCGGCAUAACCAGGCCCAGCAAGAUCUUGAUGGGCUGUAUAACCGUAUCUUCUUAGGUACUACUCCCGGUUUUCCAGAAGAGGACGAGAAGGAGCGCCUAUGCACACUUGCAUCGCAAGCCUACCAAGACGCAAGGAGCAAGGCCGAUGCACAGCAGCAAGCGGUUUCAAGCUUGCAAGAAGCGCAAAAGCGUCUCAAGGGUGCUAGCAUUGACAUCGAGGAUGCCCUGGACUACAGCCGGAUGGAUAUGUUCGGCGGUGGCAGUAUGACCGAUAUGAUGGAACGGAAUGCACUGCACAAAGCUGAAAUGCAGGUCAGUGACGCACUCUGGCAUUUUGGUCAUGCCAAGCGUAUGGAUCCCCUGAUCCACGAUCUGCCACCUCUCAAGAUUGCGAGAGGAAACAUGAUGAGCGAUGUCUUCUUUGACAACAUAUUUACGGACAUGGCGUUCCACGACAAGAUCAAAGACUCCAAGACAGAACUGCAUAGAUGUCUUGAUGUGUUGAAUGCUCAGCUUCAAGGCGCUUCAUCCAAGUUCAAAGACCUUGACCAGGACCAGAAGAACAAAUCUUCUUCCCUUGACCAAGCGCGGUCCGACUUACAAAAGACAAGACAGCAAAUCUUCGAGCGUUCAACAGGCGAGGAUAGUGCCGCCCCGCCAAGUUAUGCGCCGCCGAGUUACUCGCCACAUGUCUAAAUAUGGUGGGCGCAUUCUUUUUCGAAUGAAUAGAAGCCUCAAAUACUUUGGUAGUGGUAACGCGAAGAAAUUUCUACUUACAACAGAUACAUACGGGCUGGAUUUAACAAAGGGCACACGGAAGGCGCGGCGGUUGUUUAUGAUACCCUCACUAGUACUUUAACCAAAUAAUAUUACAAGAUGUGUUACAUCA